AUGUUUUGUAGUUUCACACCUUUUAGAGGCAUGAAAUCAAAAAUUGUUCCCUAUAACGGCAAUCCAUCAAGUCUUUUUUGCAUAUCGCCAAGAGAUGAUUCUUCGCGUUUUUACCCCCCUGGAACCGCCCCUGUUUACCUUAAUGUGUAUGACAUCUCUCCUAUCAACUCUUGUAUAUCGUGGACGGGCCUCGGUGCAUUUCACACAGGUUUGGAAGUUCAUGGUGUGGAAUACGGUUUUGGAUGUCACCAGGAAUCAAAAAGUGGUAUUUUUGGAAUCGAGCCUCGAAAAUACCCUGGAUUCAAGUUUAGGGAAUCUAUUUUAAUGGGUACCACAAAGUUAUCAGUGAUUCAAGUUCAAAGAUUCAUUGAGCUGCAAUCUAAUAACUACUAUGGUGACACAUAUCACUUAUUUGGGAAGAACUGCAAUCAUUUUUGUGAAGAUAUGUGUUACAAAUUAACAGGGAACAAAAUUCCCAAAUGGAUUAACCGGCUAGCCAGAAUAGGUUCAUGUUGUCAUUGCAUUCUUCCAAAUUCCAUCAAGGGUUCUUCUCUUAAAAACGAAUCAAACUCUUCCAACUAUGAAAGCAAGAGUUUGAAAAAUUCGUUUAGUUGUUUCGCGUCAUUUUCAACGCAUAAUAAACUAAGAAAAAUGUCAAUAUCUUCAUUGUAUAAACAUUCACUCUACAAAGGAUGUUUACCUCCAUGGGACUUGCGGGUUGACUCACAAAGACUUUGCGAUGAUGAGUAAAGUGGUUUUAUCGUUCUUGAUGUAGUCGUAAGAAGGGUUGCACCUAAAGAAAAGGAUUUUGAUUUUUGAACAACCGGUUCAAUUAAGAAAUGAAAAGAUCGAGGAUUUAGAUCAUUAUGUUCUUUAUGGUUUUCUCAUCUUGUUUGUAUGAGCUUUUUGAUUGAGUUGAACUUCUUUUUGUCUUUUCCAAACCUUUAC